AUGAGUACUAAAAUAUCCACUUCAAAUCCAAUUCCAACUCCGUCGCCUCCUCCAUCUCAAUCUACAACCACUUCAAAUACAUCUACAGAUUCCACUAUACCCAAAAAUCUAGAUAUCAAUUCAAGUUCAACAGCAAUUUAUAAACCAAUACCUACAAAACCAAUAAUAGACCAUAAUAUAAAAUCAUCAUCAUUAACUAAUUUAUCAGAUUAUACUAAAUCAUAUAAACGAUCAUCUUCAUCUUCGAAUGAUUUAAUAUAUGAAAGAGAUAGAUUUAGAGCAAGAAUAAAAAGUUUUAAUCAAGAUUCAGAAUGUGAAUGUUGUGAUGAUAUAAGUUUUAAAACUACAAAAUUAAAUAUAAUUAAUAGAAAUAUUCUUGACUCGUCAUCAGCUUUUCAUAAAUCUUUACCAACAUAUUUUGCAAAAGAAACUUCAAAUUUACAACUACCUAUGAAAGAAAUAAAUUUAAAACAAUUGAAUUUAAUUUUUGAUUAUUAUUUUAAUUCAAGAUUACCAGAAACAAAUGAUAUGUUCCCAUGGCUUCAUGGUUUACAUAAAGAUAAUUUUGCUCAAAAAUCAUUCUUUUUAAUGCAACAACAACAACGACAGCAACAUUUACAAAAUAACAAUACAUCAAACUAUGAUGUUUUUUCAGAUUAUAGUCUACUGAAACCUAAUAAUGUCAAAUUUUUGAUGUGUGUUACUGACGAAACCCUACCUAUUAAUUUACGAAAUACUGUUAAAUUAUCAGAAAUCUUACAAAAAAUAGAUGUUUCAAGAUUAGAAAUUAAAAAUAUUAUAAAAGAAAUGUUUUACACUUUACAUAGUAAUAAUUCCGAAUUAAUAGAUUUAUUAACUUUAGAUUGUAUAAAAUUAAAUGUACUACCUAAAUUUUUAAAUUUAGAUCCAGAUAGAGGUAUUUCAUUAAGAAAUUUUCAUAUUCAAGUUGCUAAAUUAUCUACAUGUUCAGAUUUUAUAAUUUAUGGUGAAGAUUAUAACAAAAUUGAAUCAAUGGCUAGAAUAUUAUAUCUUGCUCAAAUUAAUGAAGCAAAUUUUGAAAAAUCUUCAGAAAUAACAACAAAUACAAAUUUUAAUAUUUAUAUAUUAAAGGAUAAUUUAAAUCAUUUAUAUCAACCAGUUCAAUUAUCAUCAAUUUUGCCAUUAAAAAAUUAUUUUCAAUUUUGUAAAAUUGAUUUAAACAAUUUAAAUUAUAAAUCAGAUUCGAAUUUAAUAUGGGAAAAUAAUUUUCAAAUUAAUGAAAAAAUUGAAACUACAAGAAUGUCAACUGCUACUAAAAUUUAUAAAAAUGUAUGGAUUGGAAAUUUUUGGGAUCAUCAAAUUAUAAUGCAUUAUAUUUUAAAUGAUAAAGAGGUAGUACCAAUAGAAGGUAAUAAUUUAAUUGAUUUAUAUAAUGAUUAUAAAAAUUCAAUUUUAUUAACUACUAUGACUUCAAACUAUAUGGAUUAUUUACCUACACCAAAAGCAAAUUGGAGAUUAUUAAUUCAAUGUCAUUCAGAUGCUUCAUUUCCAAAUUUAUCAUUUUUAAAAACUUUAUUAUUCAAAUAUACUAUCUCUUCAAGAGAAUCAUCAUCUCAAUUUCAUCAUUUAGAAUUUCCUCCUUCGGGAUCUAUUGGAAUUGGAGAUUGUAAACAAGAAAAUUUAGAAUCAAUUAUAAAUACAUGCAAAUUGAUAUAUUUAUAUUCGUCUUCAAAUUCAACUAAAGAUUUAAGUUGUUUAAUUUAUUGUUCAGAUGGAUAUACUGAAAAUUCAUUAUUGAUGAUUUUUUACUUGAUAUACUCACUAAACAUAUCAUUAGAAGAAGCAUUAUUAAAAAUACAUUUAGAAUAUGGUCGUCCAUUUUAUUUAUUCAAUAGUGAUGUUAUAAUACUAAAGAAAUUAGAACCGCUACUACAAAAAUUUUCACCACAAAGUAGUAAUUCUCAAAUUGAAUGGUCAAAUCUUGAAGAACUAUCAAGUCAAGAGAUUAAUGAAAUUUUAUUAGGCCCACCUAAAAAACAAUUAGAUAAUACUAAAUUUGGAUAUAUUGAUAAUGAAUCAAGUUCUGAAAGUUCUGAAUCAGAUUCAGAAAAUGAAUUAAUUACAGAAAUAGAUUGGGUUAAAGAAGUUGAAGGAUCAUUACCAUCUAAAGUCUUACCUUAUUUAUAUCUUGGUUCCUUAAAACAUGCAUCUUGUUUACCAUUAUUAAAUAAAAUAGGAAUCAAAAAAAUUAUAUCAGUUGGUGAAAAUUUAUUUUGGCUUAAUGGUUAUAAAUUUAAAAAAUUUAAUGAAAUUUCAAUUGAAAAUUAUUCUGAAAAUAUUGAUUUAAUUCAUAUAAAACCUAAAAAAUUAUCAAAUUAUCAUAAUUCAACAGUAACUACAAUAAUGAAAGUUAUGAAUUUAGAAGAUGAUGGAAUUGAUGAAUUAUUAAAACAACUCCCAAAAAUUUUACAAUUUAUCAAUGAUGAAUAUAUUUCAAGUAAUGGGGAUACUAAAAUAUUAGUACACUGUAGAGUUGGAGUUAGUAGAUCAGCAACUGUUGUAAUUGCUGAAAUAAUGAAACGAUUAAAAAUUAAUUUAUUUAAAGCUUAUUUAUACGUUAGAGUUAGAAGAUUGAAUAUUAUAAUUCAACCAAAUUUAAGAUUUAUGUAUGAAUUAUUUAAAUGGGAAGAAGAAGAGAAAUUGAAAUUACAAAGUAACAACAAUAAUCAACAAUAUUUAAGAGAAAUUGAUUGGUUUAUAAUGUGUCGAGAAAUUAUGAAAUUAAAUAUACCUUAUUUAAAUAAUUAA